CCACAGGCAGUUGCGUGAAUUUCUCUGAAAAGAAACGUUCCCGGUCUCCGUGCGUGCAUUCGAAUCGAGUAUCGUCGGCAAUAAAACAACCGUUGCAUACCAUCUAAAAUUAACUCGGCGUUCGUUAUCACGGUUAUGAAUGAAGAUUAUCUAUUCCCAUAUUUUAUUCAUACGCAAGAAACCUCUAAUAUGUAAUCAAUUUUAUGAGUUUCUGUAUCUCAUUGGUGGUUCCCCUUCUGUAUAAUCGGCACGUUCACGGCGUAGGGUACGGAAGUGGUGGGGUGGCUACCUAUCUCCUGAAAGCGUCGUAUUCGUCCACUGUUGUAUGUCGCUUUAGAGCAACGUGAUCAGUGGUUCGUGGACGUGAUGACGUCAGACUUGGAGGCACAAGCCGUGAGCGCGUUUAAAGCAGCCGAGUAGGGCGUGAAAGUGUGUGAUUCGUGCCGCUCGUUUUCCCUCCGUGUGUUCUCUUAACCAAAAAUUCUCAUCUCUAGGAAUAUGUGCAAAUAGCAGAGCGUUGUGCCCUCCGUGCCGUAUACGGGACAAUUAUGUUCGGUGCUGUUCCAACGUGAUUGAUAGUGAAAAGGGAUACCAUGUUCCGCUGCAUUCCGAUUUUUAAAGGGUGUAACAGGCAGGUGGAAUACAUUGACAAGCGUCACUGUGCAUUGUCGAGCGUCCCCGAUGAUAUUUUACGAUACUCGAGAAGCUUAGAGGAGCUUCUGUUGGACGCGAAUCACAUCCGUGAUCUACCUAAGAACUUUUUCCGUCUACAAAGGCUGCGAAAGCUUGGCUUGAGCGACAAUGAGAUCCACCGUUUGCCGCCGGAUAUCCAGAACUUCGAGAACCUGGUGGAGCUGGACGUGUCCAGAAAUGAUAUACCAGACAUUCCUGAGAACAUCAAGAAUUUACGGGCACUUCAGGUGGCGGACUUCAGCAGCAAUCCAAUCCCGAGGCUUCCCGCGGGUUUCGUGCAAUUAAGGAAUUUAACCGUUCUAGGACUGAACGACAUGUCCCUUACGAAUCUGCCGCCCGACAUCGGAUGUUUGGAGGCGUUGCAGUCCCUGGAGCUGAGGGAGAACAUGCUCAAAUCCUUGCCGGAGUCGCUCUCGCAGCUUUACAAAUUGGAGCGACUGGAUCUUGGCGACAACGACAUCGAGGAAUUGCCAGCACACAUAGGGACAUUGCCAGCGUUGCAGGAAUUAUGGUUGGACCAUAAUCAGUUGCAGCAUUUGCCGUCGGAGAUCGGGGAAUUGAAAACGUUAGCAUGCUUGGACGUUUCGGAGAACCGCCUGGAAGAUCUGCCCGAGGAGAUCGGCGGUCUCGAGUCGUUAACGGAUCUGCAUUUGUCUCAGAAUGUUAUCGAGAAGUUACCCGACGGACUGGGGCAGCUUAAAAAGCUCACCAUUCUCAAGGUCGAUCAGAAUAGGCUAUCUACUUUAAAUUCAAAUAUAGGCAGGUGUGAGAAUUUGCAAGAGUUGAUUCUCACGGAAAAUUUUCUCUUAGAACUGCCUGUAACUAUAGGGAAACUUCUUAAUCUAAAUAAUUUAAAUGUGGAUAGAAAUAGUUUACAGUCGUUGCCCACUGAAAUUGGGAAUUUGAAAAAAUUGGGAGUGCUAUUUUUAAGGGAUAACAAAUUGCAAUAUCUUCCGACCGAAGUUGGAAACUGUACAGCCCUGCAUGUCUUGGACGUAUCUGGUAACAGAUUACAAUACUUGCCAUAUUCCUUGAUCAACUUGAACUUAAAGGCAGUAUGGUUAAGCGAGAAUCAAGCUCAGCCGAUGUUCACGUUUCAAACGGAUAUUGACGAGGAAACGGAACAGCAAGUGCUGACGUGUUUCCUUUUGCCACAGCUGGAAGUUCAUCCUGAUGACUCCGGAAGAAUGGGCAUGAUGGUCGGAAUGAGAAAUGCCAUUCAGGGCGGUGAAAUCCGUGAACUCGGCAGCAGCGACGACGAGGGGUGGCAAGAGAAGGAAGAAUCACGAACGCAUUCUGUAAAAUUCUCAGAUGAAGCCCCAGAAACCGAUAAGGAGACACCGUUCGUACGGCAAAAUACGCCACAUCCAAAAGAACUGAAAGCCAAAGCUCAUAAACUAUUCAGUAAAGGCAAAAGUGACAGUCGGUCAGCGUCUACGGAUGAGCAGGAUGUAUCUCAGACGUUUGGUUUAGAUAAAACUGAGACUGAUAUAACUACAAAAUCGAACGAUAUAGAGCUAGAUAGUUCAGAACAGGAACCGCCGAAAUCCGAAUUCGUUGAAAACGAACAAAAGCAAACCGUACCUGGAGCAUUGGUCGACAAUGGAGACUUUCAGACGAACGUUGAGUCAGAAGUGAUUUCCAAUCAAUACGUUACAGAUUCAAAUGUUGAAAUGAGAGCUGACGGCUCAGUGACGGAAUCGAAGGACAGGAACGAUAAGGAAGAUGACGAAUCUGAAAACGAAGAGACACAGAGACACGUAGAAUUUUCUAUAGUCGAGGGAACCGAGUACGAAGCUGGCGGCGACUCGAACAGACCAAAUAGACUUCAUCGUAGAGACACUCCGCACCACUUGAAAAAUAAACGCAUACAUGCAGCCGUGGAUAAAGAUAAAGUAGCCUCCAUUAUUGCGCAGGCACUUAUGAAGAAGGGCGAUGACACACCCGCACCCAUACCUGCACCCACAGAAUCUACAGAAACUUAUGAUACACAUAGUCAAGGUGCGACAUCUGAUGCUGAACCUACGAUAGAAGUACGAGAAGAGCAGUAUGAAAUUCAUAUUGAGAGAACAACAGGCGGUCUUGGCUUGUCGAUUGCCGGUGGUAUCGGGUCAACACCUUUCAAGGGUGAGGACGAAGGCAUUUUUAUUUCCAGAGUUACCGAAGGUGGACCCGCAGAUUUAGCAGGUUUGGAAGUAGAGGAUAAAGUGUUAUCUGUAAAUGGAGUUUCAGUAGUGAACGUAGGCCACUAUGACGCUGUAGAAGUUCUAAAAGCAUGUGGAAAUGUUCUUGUACUAGUAGUUCAAAGAGAAGUGACAAGGAUAGUACCGCCAUAUGAACAGACGUCGUCGAGGAAAGACUCGGUGUGCUCUAGUCUGAGUACAAGUAGGGCACCAAGUGCAACGUCUCACGUUUCAUCUACAGGUUUACCUCAUAAUUUAGAAAAUGGAGACGCUUCUUUACCUCACGAUGGAAUCAAGUCCAAGAAAAUUCCGGAACCCAUAUCCUCGGUCAAAGCAGGUAGCGAGCCAAUGGUGUCGGUUCUUGUUCAUACAACGUUAAUACGGGACCAAAAUGGACUUGGAUUUAGUAUUGCUGGUGGGGAAGGUUCUCCGCCGAUUAAGGACAACAGCGAUGCAAUAUACAUUUCAAGAAUAACUGACGGUGGUGUAGCACAGAAAGAUGGUAAAUUGUUAGUCGGCGAUAAAGUAAUAUCUAAAUUUGGUUAUAUGGAAUGUUUGUUUGAUACUGGUUGCUUAUCCUCUGGCAUGGAAAUAGCUAAUCCAUUUUACUUAAUACCAUCACACAUUUCUUUUUCAAAACCAAACAAAAUAUACUUUAUGGCGAAAAUUACCUGUUUGAGUGACUUAUGCAGUGAAACUUUAAUUAUUUAGGAUGUAGUCCUUGUCAAGGAAGGAUCUCUAGGGUUCAGUAUCAUUGGUGGUACGGAUCAUUCCUGCACGCCGUUUGGUGCAAAAGAACCUGGAAUUUUUAUAUCUCAUGUCGUUCCUGGUGGUAUAGCUGCAAAGUCGGGAAAAUUAAGAAUGGGUGAUAGAAUAUUGAAAGUAAAUGGUACAGAUGUAACAAAAGCCACUCAUCAAGAAGCUGUGAUGGAACUGCUGCGACAAGGAGAUCAGAUUGUGCUCACCGUUCAACACGAUCCAUUACCAGACAAUUAUCAGGAAUUGGUCAUUACAAAAAUGCCAGGUGAAAAACUCGGUAUGCACAUUAAGGGCGGUCUCAGAGGACAAAAGGGUAAUCCCCUUGAUCAUACGGAUGAAGGGGUUUUUAUAUCUAAAAUUAAUUCCGGCGGUGCAGCUAAAAGAGAUGGAAGACUGAAGGUCGGCAUGAGACUGUUAGAAGUCAACGGUACGUCAUUGUUAGGCGCGACACACCAAGAAGCAGUGAAUAUACUUCGGUGUUCAGGAAACACAAUUACACUAGUAGUUUGUAAAGGAUAUGACAAAUGCGAGGUCGAGCCUCAUUUUCCAGUAUCAGAUGGAAGAGAAUCUAAAGAAUCAAAGACAUCUAAAGAAUCAAAAGAUCCUGCAGCCGACGGUACUAAGUCUUUGUCGCAGAGUGUAUCCAGUUUGGACCGCGACGACGAAGAAGCAGCAACUCUUAGACAGGAACAGGAAAUGAAGGCCGAGCUUGUGGCAUGGGAACAAGAAGAGAGGGAACGUGCUUUGUUGGAGCAUAGAGAAAAAUCUACACCUGAAAAAGUAUUAGACGUAGUAAGAGCCGCUGAAUCAUUAGUAAGCAAAUCGAAUAGUCCUGUCGAUAUGGUACCGCCAAAAUCACCGGGUGGUACCAAAGAUCUCAAAACGACUACAAUCGUGAUGAGCAAACACACUCUAGCACCGCAAAAUACAAAUUCACUAAGGAAAGAAAGAGCUGGAACACCAGUGGAUUAUUCGUCAACCAAGUCUCCGGUCUCUACUCUUACUCCGUCAACGAAUGUUGAUCGUACUACUACUACUACCACCACCCAAACCUUACCUUCGCCAAGGAAAAAAAGUUCUAUACCGAAACGUAGCAUUACCUUCGCAGAUCUUCCUCCUGUUUCUAAAGAAUCUGUUAGUCAUACUUCUCCUACCAAGAUCAGAGAAAAGCAAUAUUCUUCUCUGCAUGACAAAUUCACAUCUGAACCACAAAUUGCCUCUUAUAAAAAAGUUUAUCAGAGCCCUACCGAGACUCAUACUCGUUUCAAACUUCCUCCUACUCCUUUGACUGCUCCCGAAUCCAUCAGGCAUCUUGGCACUUCGACUUCCUUUAGCAAACGACAGAACGCACGCUCUGUUGAUGGGAAUAUUCAGGUUGAGCUAUCACCAACAACGUCGCCGACACCGCCGUUAGUGAAAAUGUCAGUUAGCGAUAAGAAGAAAUUGUUUGAAAGUGCCAUGGAGGAACAUUUGAAACCUUCUCCUAAACCAGACAAAGUAUUCAGUUUUCUCAGUCAAGAUGAAGUGGAAAAAAUGAAACAAGAAGAAGAAAAGAAGAUUGCAACGUUAACACGGGAUGAAUUAAAAUCUUGGGCACAAUUGGAUGAAAACGAAGGUCUAGAAGAUUUGGAGGAAACGCUAGAAGAUCAGGAUAAUCGACGACCUAAUAGCCGACUGAGCUCGCGAAGUUCGAUCCCCAUUCUGCAGAACCUUCCAAGCAGUGUACGGACAGCGAAAGCAGAACGUCGCUUGAAGGAGAGAUUGGUACAGGAGGGUGUCAUAUCAGAUGAAGAUGAAGAGAGUCACUUGAGUCCAGCUGAGCAGAGAGCACUCAGGGCAGAAAAACGUGCUGCGUGGAGACAAGCGCGUUUAAAAUCACUUGAACAAGACGCCCUUCAAGCACAGAUAGUAAUUAAAAAAAUGAGUGAAAUGAUGGACACCACGCAGAAGACGGAUACAACACCGGUAGACUCUACGGAUGCUGUUAGUCCUAUCUUUGAGCCAGAGAAGCCAGCCGAUUUCGCUACUACGUUACGGCCGUCUAGCGCAGAUUUCCCCAAACUUGCUGUACGCAGCAAGGUGGGUCCCCCUAAAGAGAUACGCGAAUCGGAAAAAGUAGUGGACGAGAAGGUCACUCGACGUACCGAAGAGUAUGUGGAUGAGGUGACGGGUGAACGUCGCGUGCGAACGGUCGAAUACGUCGAGAAGCUCAUUGAGCGACAGGUCGAAACGUUAAGGGAAAAGAUUAUUUCACUGGAAUUAAGUAACGCGGAAGAUGAAAUUGAAAGUAUUACCGGGACAGGAGCCAGCGAAGGUGAAAGCGAGAGCGAAGAGAUUACUGAAAAGUCUUCAGCUGUCAGCACUCCGCAAGAGAAAACUGAAACGAUUAUAACUACAAGUGCCACUGAGGGUGCCGCUCCUAAAAUCAGUGCAAAUACUGUUAUAAACACGUCGAAGAAAAAGAGAAGAAAACGUUCAAAAAAAGGUCGCCAUUGACCGAAGAUACAAGUAUUGGUGCAUAAAUUCAAACACAGGUAUAAGGAAAAUUAGUGAAUAUUUCCUUCUAUAAUGACAUCUAAAAAACGUAUUCCAACAAAGGAAAUUUUGUGUUACACCGUCUUCACACUUCAAAGCCCUGCUGUAUCGGUGCAUGUAGUAUUAUAAAUUCUUCAUUGUGUAUCGCUGUAACACAGCGUACACGUAUACGCAUAAGAUAUGAUUUUAUAUCCAUUGUUUUGUACAACUCGUUAGGUGCAGACGAAGCUACAUUUAUUUUUCACAUGAGCCGUGCUAUAAUUUUGAUAUUAACGUACUGUUUUUAUUACUAUUAACACCAUAUUUUCUGUGGUCUGGUGCAGUAUAACAAUCGAUAAUCAGUUUUAAUGUCUCGUAUUUUAUAGAGUUUGUAUUUUCAUAAAUUGGAACUACUUGUAUCUUUCUAUAAAUAUGUCUGAACAUUGGAAAAUGUUACUGUUUACAAAGGAAAUACACUUACCGAAAUAAGCAUGUAAUGUCGCAAAUAGUAUUCUUAUUAUUGGUAGUAUCAUUAUGAUCAUUUUGUGAAAUAUUUAUAUUAAUACCAUGUGAUUCAAUAGUUUACAUUAAUCUUAUGUAAAUUGAUGCACAUUCCCUUUUAUAAUUUUUGUUGUAUUAUUUGACUACAGUGAACGAGUCUCAAUUUUGAACUGGUACUCUAAUUUAGGCAGUGCUUUUAUGUUCACAAAAUGCAAGGAAUACCAUUGAAAAAAAAUAUAUAUAUAUAAAAUGCAGAAGAUAAUAUUUUUUACUACUUAAUUGAAGAACAUGAAUUAAAUUGUAUAAUUGGCUUCAGAUAGUUGUAACAUAUAAUAUAUUUAGUUAGCAUCAAAAUUAAAUUAAUAAUGUGAACCACAUACAGAUGUUGUGGUUUGUAAAGUAUUUUAUUUAUUUUUCUUUAGAAGUAAGUAAAUUAUACAUAUAUAUAAAUAUUAUAUAUAAUACUGUUUUAAUCCACACUGAGAUUCAUUUUAAAAGCACAUUGUAUUUAAUCUCAUUGUUGAGUAUCAACGUGGUUUAAUCAUUCAUCUUUAGGAAGAAAUAUAUUUAAUUAAAACUAUUAUUCAGUUUAAUAUCAACGUUGCCACUUUUGUAAUAAAUACGACUAUUAAACUUUUAAAUUAUUUUAAAUAUACUAUUCAUGAUUUUGUUUUAUGAUUUUAUUUGUUUUAAUUUAUUCAUGCCAACGCUUGUUACAUUUUGCCGUUGGCAUAUUUUAUUUUACGAUGCAUCAACGCAGGAAUGAAUUUAAACGAUUAAAUAAUUAACAUUCAUUUUUGCAUGAUAUGCAUUAAAUAGAAACAUGAUUGUCAACAUCAACUAGUAGUCUUUAUAAUUUCAUACAUGUCUAUAAACUUUUGCCUACUUUAGGAAUGCAAUAUAUAAACUAGAAUGAAUAAUUUGUAUUACUUAAGUUCUAAAAUUUUUAUAUACUUACCGAAGACCUUAUGUAUCGGAAUAACAUUUUGUAUGAAUUAUAUACGUUUUUUCAAAUAAAGCAGACCAUAUUAUUAAGAACGUUUAAAGUUACACAUAUAGCGCGUAACAAAUAUUUACUGAAACAAGUACAUUAAUUAAUUGCGUUUGUAAAGUGCGAUUAAGGGAGCGGGACCAAUCACUACAUUAUUUAUAACGUUAUAUAGGAAGAAAAAUAUAAUCUAGGCACAUUUCAUUAUAUGUCUGUAACAUGUAACUUCAGGUAUUGUGUCCAUGUUACGCGUGAUGGAUCUAACAAUAUUAUCAAAAUUAUAAAAAAAAACUGGUAAAGUGCCAAUAUUAAGUAUAUCUCUAUAGAAGUAAUACAAACAGAGACUUAUCUACUCUGUAUAGAACAAGGAAAUUGUCAGGUACAUAUAAUACGACAGUUUGUAACAGUUAUAGUGUUAAAAAUUGUUGAAUACACUCAUUUUUUAUGGAAAUUUUAUACAAUAUUAUUAAACCACAUGAUUUGUUCAUUGAAAUGUAAAAUUUUUAUUAUCAAAAUUUUUAAUGCUAUAACAACCUACUCAACAAUGACGUUUUGUAUUGCUUUGUAAGCUUAUGUUUUUUAAGCAAACCUUACAGAGGUACUUUACAUCAAUAUUGAACAUAGUAAUAGUAAUUAAUAAUGUGUAUCUUUGUAGAGCUAUCUAGAGCUUUGUAUUGUUUCAUAAUUAAACACUUGAAUACAAAGAUAAUACUAUCUCCUGUAAUAUAUGCUAUACGUUUGGAUAGUGUUACUUACUUUUUCGAAGAUGAACUAAAUAAAUAAAUAAAUAAAUAGCAAGAAAUGCAAAGUAUUAAAGUGCAAAAUAUUGGAACUAUAGGAUGAGAAAUGAUAUACACGUUUAUUUAUCUGUGUGUUUCUAUUAAGCAAUAUUUAUAGAGUUUACACACGUGAAUUUGUAAACAGAAUAAUGUACAUUUAAGCGCAAAUUUAUUUUAGACAAUGUAUAACUGCGAAAAAUCUUACAAUUGAUUUUUAUGCUUUAAAUAAGUAAGAAAGUAGAUAUAAUUUUCAGAAGUUUUUUAUACCGAUCCUCAUGCUACAUUAAAAUAAAUGUAAUGUAGUAAUAUAUUUAUAAUGAAGGAUGUAUAUUCCGAUCUUUUAUUACAAAUUAUAACCAUCGUUCACGUUCAUUUUAUCUUUUUGGUGCAAUGAUACCUUCUAAUUGAGUCUGAAAAACAUUAUGCUUAAUAUUUAUCAGUAUCUUAGAUGAAGUGAAUUAUUAAGAACUCUCGUUUCAUCUAAUUAUUACCUUUAGUUGUUGAUUGGUUUUCUUAAGGAACUGUAUCUCUUCUGUAUGUUUCUUUUCCUCUGCUUCUCUCAACUCAGAGGAUCUUUUUUGAGCUUGAUCAAAUUUUUGUUUCAAUUCAGUAACUGUUUUUUCCAGUUCAGACUUCUGCAACCGUAAUUCAUCAGCAGCAGCUAUUAAGUCCUCUUUUCCUUGUUCAGCCUGUAAGAAGUCUUAUAAAGUCUUCACGUUUCAGAACGUUUUUCUAGGAAAAUUAUAUACUCUCACUUGUAGAGCUUUGCGCAUGCCGAAAGCAAUACUGCUUUCAUACAAUAUUUGGUAUGCGGCCAAUGUCAUUUUAAGUUCAUCUCUAAUCCGAAGCAGUAGUAUACCGCGUUCAGCACAGUUCACAGUCACUUGGCGUAUUAUUUCAUCUGAAAAAUACAUCAUCUUAACAUUUCAAUUGACAUAUAAGUAUAAAAACAAUCAAGGAAUUAUAAAACAAUAUAACAGUUACCAAAGCAUUGCGUAUAGAGCUCUCUACGAACUGGACAAAGACCUGUUUCUCUUGCUUGCCUUUGUUGCAGUUUCAUGUCAAGCUGUUCUUGUAGAUUAAUAACAUCCAAUCUUGUUGCAGGUGUACUUGAAACCUGUAUGAACCAUUCGUAUCGAAACAAAUAAGUAAUUAGUUACAUUAAGCUGCUACUUUUAUCAAUAAAGUUGAUUAUACUCGUUGAAUCCAUAUUUGUCCAUCUUCUUCCCACUUUUUGGGUGGUAAGAUCCUAUUUAAAAUGUCAAUGGUUUCAUGUCUUGUAUCAAGAAUCGGUGGAAUACUUUGUACUUUGCAAACUGUUGCUCCAAUUUUUGGUCCAGCUUCUUUAGGUAUCUGUCUUGAUAAACACACAUAAUUAAAGCUUUUCUUUUUUAGUAUUAUCAAUAUUAUUCUAUUUGAACCAUUGAACCUUUUCUGGCCGUGUUGCAUCUAAAAUUGGAUUGUCGUACUUCACCAAGGUAUCCAAGGUAGGAAUAGUACGAUCUUUUAUUGCUGUUGCCAUUGUUCUUAUGUUCACUUACGUUUUAUUAAAUAUAUUUUAAUUAUAAUGUACGAGUUAGUAUACUAGUUAGUAUUAGAAGUGUCACGAACUAUGAAGUAGAUGUGAAAAUACAGAAAGUUUAGACAUUGUCAUAGCAACGUUGAUGUAUCAUCUGUUACCAAGUAAUGGUGUAUUGAUCAAAGAAAAUAAACGUGUGUACUGUAAAGUAAUUUUUAUUAUAACAAUUUAAUAAAAGUAUGUAAAGCCUACAACGUCGUUGGUCCUCCAUACAUUAUCGUUUUUACACUCAAUCGCAUUUAAAAUAGUAAUACAUUCUUUCAGUUAAUUUUAUAUAUAUUCUUUCUAAAACAGCUAAUAUGUUAAGAUUAAUUUAUAAGCAAUAAAAUUUGUAUAAAUUUGUGAAACAUCACAUUUGUGUAAUUUAAAGUUCGGUAUGUUUCUGUGUAAUUCUUGCUUCAAGUUCCAUAUGAAGCUUUUGAACUGUUCUAGCAUGUUUUUUAAUAUGUUGUUCUCUGGUGGAGUUAUCAGGGUCGUGAGUCUGACCUUUCCGUGCAGCUUCCAAAGCAGCUUCAGUGUGUAGAUGACGCAAUUUAAGUAAUCUUCCUUCAUAAUGUUGAAGUUCCUUCUACAUAAUACGGUAAAAUAUAUUUUUCUUACACUUUGUAUAUAAGAAGAGACACAAUUAGUAUAAAGAAAUUUCAUUGCAUAUGUUACCUUUAAAGAAGCACGUUCUUCUGGAGAAAAUGAACUUUCUAACACAAUUCUCCAUAACCCUUGUACUUUAGGUUCUAUAAAUUCUCUAUGGUUGGGACCUUUGGCAGCUAAUCUGUCCAAUCUAUCAAAUCCACUUCCAAUUUCCAGAUGUUUCUCUCUGAAAAUAUAUUUUUAUAAUUCUGUUGAUUUAUUAAACAUAAUUAAACUUAAAAAAUUAUUUUUGUGAUAUACCUAAGCAAUGCUGCCUUUUGUAAACGAUUCAAUU